AUGGUGGCUGGAGCAGACGUGCUUCUGGCUGCGCAGAGCUGCACCAACGAGCGUGCAGAACUGUUUGCCGUCGAGGGCAUUACCAGUUUUAGAUUCAUGCAAGAAGCUCCCGAAUCACAGAACGGGAAGGCAAGAUCACUUCAGGGUGGGUCUGCGCUGGAGGACGGGCGCAUUUGGGACCUGGAGAAAGGUUGA